GACAAAUUUGCCGCCAUUUUCGAUUUUUCACUUCCACCUUCCACUGUACAUUCCUUGUCGAUUUUUAUUAGUGUUGGGCGAAUGAAAUCGACAAGAUCCGACAAAACCAAGCAAUAUGCCUCGUGAAAUUAUUACUCUACAAAUUGGACAAUGUGGAAAUCAAAGUAAGGUUACUUUACUCAUGUUUUCAUAGGCAAAAAAUCAUCGCCAAAUAUGCAUAUAUUGAUCGGCUACAAGUUUUCAAACUUAAGGUAUAUAAGCUAAUGGUUUUGUUUUUUUGAAUAGUUGGAAUGGAGUUCUGGAAACAGCUCUGUGCUGAACAUGGAAUAAGGCCAGGUGGGUAGUGAAAAAGAACACUUUCAUGUAAGCAAAAUAUUCUACUGUUUAUCCAAGUUAAAUAUAAAAGCUUAAGCUUUACUGAAGUUAAUUAUACACUGGACUUGAUGGAAAUCAGAUCAAAUUAUCAUCUCAUAUUGUAGUGACUCAAUCAACUGCAUAUUAAUGAUAAAUCUUAUUGAUUUUUUCGAUCUUUUAGAUGGAAUUCUUGAGGACUUUGCUACAGAUGGCACUGAUAGAAAAGACGUAUUUUUCUACCAGGUAAAAUGAGUAGGAUUUACUGUCUGGGGUGACUAGUCAUUUAGUGCCCUGGUCCAGGUUGUUCAAUCGUUGGAUAGCGCUAUCCUUUGAAUAAAUCGUUAUCCGACCAGCGGAUAAGUAUUAUGGAAACCAAUUGCGCUACCCAGUGGAUAGAGAUUUGUUCAGUGGAUAACAUUAUCUGCCUUUUGAACAACUGACGCCUGGUCAUCUAUUCUGGUGAUGGGAGGUGGGGAGGGGGAGGGUAAGGGGGUCCAAAAACUUCAAAACCUGUGCAGAAAAACAUAAUAAAAAACUGCGUAGAGGAAAGUAAAAAAAGUAAAGUCGUGUUACUGAAAUUAAUAAAAACUGCAAACGGCAUAUUCUAGUAAAACUGUAACACUACAGGUUCAAAUCAAUAUUUUUACUUUAAAACCACACCAAAAAAUAGUGCAGAGUUACAUCACUGCCAACCAUGAUAUACUCCUCAUCCUUGGAAACUUAGGCCUCCUUAAGGACAUUUUAACCCCCAAAGGUAAGGCAUUUUGCCCCGUUAUUGAGAUAAUAGACCCCUUAUAUCUCUACACAUUUGUAAAAUGGAUAACAGGCCACAGCUGUCCCUGCUCCACCAGACUAGGUUUAAAUGUAACAGAAUAAGAUCUAGAAGGCUCCCUGGAGAUAGAGAGACUGCUAAAGACUCAAAGUCCCUUGCAUUUCAUUUAUGGUUAUGGGAAUUAGCCUGCAAAAAAAUAUAUAUAUAAAUCUACGGCUUGUGCUUUAAUACCCGAGGGGAAUUUUUUUAACUUGUCUUGUGGACAAGUCUAAGACUGCUAGUAAUUAUUCCAUACUUUGAUUUAGGCUGAUGAUGAGCACUACAUUCCCAGAGCUGUUCUUUUGGAUCUGGAGCCAAGGGUGAGUGAAAGGUGGAUUAGUUAGAGAAAAUUAAACUUUUAGAAGACUUGAAUGUGUAUAAUUUUAUCAUAAUUACCAGGGGAAGUGAUGCAAUGAACUAAAAAAACAAAUGCUCAUAUCAAACAACAUACAUACAUGUACAUACAAAAUGCAAACAUUACAUGCAGGUUAUCAGUCAAUUCAAAAUAGCUUUCACAAGGCACUGUGGAGGCAAGUGUACCUGAGUGGUUAACUUGAACUCCAGAUCUGGAGGUCCAGGGGUUAGAGCAGGGUUCUCAAUAGAAGGCGGCACCCGGCGAUUGAUCGCCGCUUACUUUGGGAUUUAUAGCCGCUUACUUAGUGUUUAAGUCGCUUUUCUUUGCUUUGUUUUGACACCUCUGGCUUUGCUGAAGAGCCUCCUACUUUAUCAGUGAUCACCUCCUACUUAAAAAUCUAUUGAGAACCCUGUAGAGCCUUGUCUGUGGCCUUGUUUCCUUAAACAAAGAACUUUACUCCACCUUGUCUUUCUUCACCCAGGUGUAUAAAUGGGUACAGCUACAUACUGCUGGGGGGUAGUCCUGCAAUGGACUAGCAUCCCUUCUAGAGGGAAGUAUCAAAACUCCUAGGCAUGCUUCCUGCUAAGGAAACUAGGACAAGCUCUAGCUAUAUAGGCCUUUGGCUCGUGUGCGCCUUUACCUUUUUUUACCUCCACAAGGUAUUGCAGUGUGUUUGACAAUGGUAUCCAAGGAUAUAGCUAUUGCAAAAGCUAAGCAGAUUUUUGUUAGUCAAGCAAGUGUUUUACUAACUUAAUAACAUUCUAAGAUGUUUUAGAUGUUUUACAAUGGCUCGUGUUGUUGUUUUUUACUUUCAGGUUAUUGAUACCAUCACAUCUUCACCAUAUGCAAAUCUGUAUAAUCCAGAGAAUAUGUACACAUCAAAACAUGGCGGGGGAGCGGGCAAUAACUGGGCCAGCGGAUAUUCACAGGUUUCUGAAACUAAUAACACUGUGAUAAUUAUUACAAGCAAAUGUAAAAAUAUUAAUGUUAAUGAUUUGUUGCUCUACUGUGGGCUGAUUCAACUGGCCCUGUUUGUUAAAAAGUUGGAUAACACUAUCCACUAGAUAAACCUCUAUCUACUGGAUGGCACAACUUCUUUCCCCAAUACUGUACUUAUGCACUGGAUAGUUAUUAUCCAGUGGAUAGUGCUAUCUAACAUUUGAACAACUUGGGCCUGGUGUACUGUAUAGGCAUUCUGCUGAAAGAAAUCUCAAACAAACAAUUUAUGUCAAACAAAACAUGAUUUAGAAUCACAUCUGGCUCUUGACAAGCAAGCCCAAGGAAGUGGCACAUAUUUACUCCACCAUGUGAAAUCAAGAAGGUGGUAAUCUCUUGAAAUCAGUGACUGAAACAAUCACAGAGAAAAAAGGGAGAACUGUGAACAGUCUAUACGAAGUUUUGCUGAAUUACUAUUAUUAUUAAUUAAUUAUUGAUCCUGAUGGUGUAAUAUUUCUAACACAAUCCCCCUUUCUUAUUUUCAGGCCGAACGCCUCCAUGAGGAAACCUUUGAUAUCAUUGAUAGAGAGGCUGAUGGAAGUGAUAGUUUAGAGGUAAUCUUGCAGAGAAUUACUACACUAGUUUUUUGACCACCCUGUCAGAUUCAGUGAAUGAAAAAGUUUUGAUCUGUCACUCCACCCAUUUGUCUCUGAACCGCCCAUGCAGACCCACAUCUUCUCCACUGCUUGUGAUGUCAUCAGUUUUAACAGUCAAGGACAACUUUGUCGGCUAGCUUGUGCAGGGUGAAGAGACCUUUCAAACCAUACCAGAAUGAGUACGAUUCAAUUCCGACAAAGACCUAUGUAAAGUUGACGCAAAAAUUCCAAUGAAAAAUCUUGUUCCACUACCCACCUACAUGUACCUUUCUUUUCAUCUAAUCUCAAGAUCCUAAAAACUUUUCCAAAAACUCUUCCCACCGAAAUGAAGCCUGCUAAAUGCCCAACAAAAUGAAAAAAAAUGCAAGAAAAGCAAAAGUCAGGACUGCUGUGUCAUUUUUAGACCCAAAAGCUAUCUUGAAAUUUUAAAAAAACAUGCCCGAACUUUGCAAGCUAAUAUUUUGCAUCUGGAUAAGAAGACCACCAACUGUGUGACAUUUUAACAUCUUUGUGAUACAUUUUAGCCCUUUAUAGCCAGACAGUGACCAGAAAACCACUUGACUUGCUUCAAAACACUUUUUUUGGCGAAAUUCCCAGGGGCCAAUGGGUUAAUUGAUUAUGCAAUUUAUGAAAAUUUAUUCCAGGAAAUUUAUGAAAGUCAUCAAUAUUUUUACUGUAUGUUAAUUUGUGGACAUAUUAAUAACUUUUGAACUUAAUAGUCAAAAAUUUCAAAAACAUUUUGUUAUUUUAGUAUAAAUUAAUUAUGUGGUCAUAGCAAGAUGGCGGAAUGUUUGUUUACGAAUAGGGAAACUUUAACAAAUAAUGUGCCAUUCUAUUUGCCUGGUGGAACAACUGGGGUCUUUUUGGCUUAUGGGUUUCAUAUCUUCUGGACAAAAAUCAAAAUGACAGGUAUUUAUAGUGGAAGAGCCCUAAUUUUAUAUCAUUUUAGUAUAAAUUAAUUAAUAGGCAAUGCAAUGUUUUUUUUUGCCUUGCCAUUCUAUUGCUGGUGGAACGGGUUAUGGGCUCAAUUCUGAAAUAAUUAUUUAGAGAAACAAUUUUUAUCAAAAUUUAUGAUUUUUUUUUUUAAUUUUUGACAAAAUGACAACUUAUUUUCCUAAUAUUUUCUCUUUCAAUAGGUUUCCAAAGAAGUUAAUUCAAACAUACUCGGUGUUUCCUCAACAGGUAGUAAAAUAACCAAAGCUAAACUUUUGUUAAUUUUAGAUUGAAUUGACCACUGUACUUGUCUAGAUAAUGUCUUCAUUCAUUCAAUGUCAUAAUGCAUAGUUUUGUAAGAGGGACACAAAAUGGCUCAUUGUGCCGAGAUUAAUGGGGGUGAAAUGGCUUUAGUUAGUAGUUGAAAGUGCUAGAUUUCAAUGCUGUGACCUUGGCUUCAAAUCUUCACUAUAAUCCCUCAGCCAUGUUUGGAAAUAACCUGAAGUCUGAUCUUCCAGAACUGGGGUUGUAAACUUGUUAGUUGCAUUGGAAGUAUUAUUUUGUUUCAUAACCUGAAUAGCCCCAAAUGAGAAGAGCAUAAUGAAAUAAUUGACAUAAUACAUGUAGGUGUUUAUUCAUGUUUUCCUCUCUUAAUUUUUAAGAUAAGGUGUGGCACGGUAUGUCCCUAUACUCCCCUCAAUUUAAUGCUGGGAGCAAUCCCAUUUGAAAUAGGCACUUGAGUACUGGUCUUAAUGUCGUGAUUCUUACUAGAAAUUACUCUAGGGAACAUAGGAGUUGGGUCCAAUUAUUACUAAGACAAGGUACUAAGACUGGCUGUGGUCUUGUCAAACAUAAAAAGUGUAUCAUUAUGUUUUGUAGGAAGACUUCAGUGAUGUUGUUGUCCAGCCAUAUAACUCCAUACUGACACUCAAGCGAUUAACUCAAAAUGCAGAUUGUGUGGUAGGUAAUUGUGCCUUGCACUUAUGUAUUACAAACAUCAGGGUAGGCUGAGAAAACAGACAGCAUUUUGCGACUCAAUCACUGGUUUCCCUGCAAAAUGAUGUCUGAGAAAUGAGCACAAAAAUUACAUACAACUCUACCCAGAUCUGGGUUCCCACACAGCACAACCAAUCAGAAGCACUACCAAGAUCUGGGUAGUAUCGCAUAAUCAAUACAGAAUUUCUGCACUCAUUUCUCAGAGGUCAUUUUGUGGGGAAACCAGUGGUCGCAUUGUGAAAUGUCAGCUGUUUUCUCAAGCUAUCAUCAGGGCUGUGACUAAAUUUAAGUUGGCCAGGAAAUGGAGAAGUCACAGGGAAUUUCAAAAUUUUCUGGUAUUGUCAGUAUAUCUGGUUUCUAUCAAAGUAACCAGAACUAACAUUUGUAGUGAUAUCAAGGCAAAUUCCCAGCCCCCAGCCCUUGGUGGUGACAACCCUGAAUUAUUUUAGUUCUAUGUCCUACUGUCUUGUAGGUAAAGUACAAACUCUUUUGGAUUUAAUGUUGAGCACUAUAAUUUAUUUCUUAGGUGGUUCUUGACAACACAGCCCUAAACAGAAUAGCUGCAGACAGACUACACAUUCAAAACCCAACAUUUUCCCAAGUAAAUCAACUGGUAGGUAGAUUUUUCAAUCUUCUAUAACAUUAUUUACUUGGUUUUUAUUUUGUUAAAUUUUCUUAUUAUAUAACCACCACUGAAAUACCAGUAGAGCUUUUAUGCUAAAACAUGAUAUCUUCACUCUCACGUGGAAAUUAUGACAUAUUAUCUUAAAACUACAUCUGAAAAGUUCACCAUUGCACUUUUGCUACAAAAAAAAAUUAAAGUUGCGCUUUUUGGUAUUUCAUUUGUAUUUAAAAUUAUAUGGUGAAAUAUUUUGGUAUUUUAUUUGAAAUAUUUUUAUAACUCAAAAGAACAUUAGAUGGUUGCCAUUGAGGCAAGCUGAAGCUCAAAAAUAGCCCAGACUUCAUUUCAAUUAGCCCCAAAAUUCAGCAGAAUUGGUUUCACAGUUCUUCUGUUAUUCAAAUUCAUGAAAUAUUUUUCAAUUAAAAACAGAAUUCACUAGCCUCAAAAAGAUCGGAAAUUUCUUAUCUCUGUGUGGCCAUUUAAUAUCCACUAUUUAUAUUUUUAAUCCAGGUAUCCACUAUAAUGGCUACAAGUACAACAACUCUAAGAUACCCAGGUAAGAAUUUUUAAGCAUUAAAAAGUUUGCUCGAAAAAUAAUCUUGUGAUUCUCAGCACUAGGCUUUUAGCCAGACAUUAAAAACUGGCUGUCCAGAAGGCAUGUUUUGCCGUAAAAUUGUAAGAGAUUAAGUGAAUUUUCCUCGUGCUUCUUCCAAAAAUGGGCGUCCAUAGGACUGCUGGACACCCUUCUGGUUAAAACCUUGCUCAGCACCCAGUAACUUUUAAUUUCUUUAUGUGUGUGUUAAAACGUGAUAAAACCCCAGCAAACUUUAAGAGAACAUUAAUUUUAAAACAGGCAAAUAAAAAGGCUGCUUUCCAGCGGUAUUUAAUAAAAUAUCAAUCAGUUAUUAGCACUAAGUGGUCUGUUUACCUUCUUUCAGGUUAUAUGAACAAUGAUUUGAUUGGACUGAUUGCGUCACUCAUUCCUACUCCACGACUGCAUUUUUUGAUGACAGGCUACACACCUCUCACUACUGAUCAAAAGGUAUCUACAUGAUUGAGUAAUGGUUUAUAUGAGUCGUGUUCAAUUUUUUGGUUUGAAUGUGGCUAAAAUUAGCGUAAUUUAGGAAAAUUUAACCUCAAACAAAUUCUGGUCAGCAGUUUUCCCAACUGCGCUGGGGAGGCGUGAUGCCUCUAGCAGGGGCACCUCGUGGCUUACAUACAUAGUUGCUUGCUUGCAGUUCUUCGCAAAGUGUCUUUGCUUUAGUCUUGUUGCUUGCUUGCCAUUUUUGUGCUGUGUUUUUCCCAACCCUCCCUCCCUCCCCCUUUAUUUUAGGGCUAGGUAAGUAUUAGUCGGUAAGGAUUCCACUUAUCAGUUCAGUGUGACUGUGCCUGGUAGGGGCCGCUUGCAGGGUUGUCAUGGAUACCUCCUUCCUCGUGCUAGAGCAUUGCCCGGCUCAAUCAACCUUUACAAGGCCACUUACUAGAUUUGUAUAUGACAUGUGUCCUAUGUACUGCUAGUAUCAGCAAUGUCAGAAAGGUGCUGCUUUUUGAAAUCUGUGUGUGACAUAAUGUCUCCUUGUUUGGUGUUGCAAUUUUCAAGUUUUACAGAAAAAAAAAAUACAUCUGUUAUUUUUUCUCUUUUUUUAGGUUGCCAAUAUCCGUAAAACAACAGUUCUUGACGUCAUGAGAAGGCUUUUGCAAGUGAGUAUGUUAGACCCUUGCUUGGUUUUUCUAACAUUUGACGUGGACCAAAUAGAAAAAGUCAGUCAACACCACCCAAUUAAGUUGCCGAGUUUGAGAGUGAUUUGUUUAAAGAUACAGCUCUGCAAAAUCACGAAAUUUUACAGAUGUGAGUAUGUUAUGGGUGAAAUGGGAUUUCAGGUUAAUUAAUAAUGAUUUAAUCUAUAUAUGUUGAUUCUCGAGUACCUCUGUCUUCCAGCCCUGGGAUAAAGAAAGUUUGACCUGUGCCAUCCCUCUUUGCCCCCACCACCACCACCACUGUAUAAAAGUCUGUAAAUUUUGAAACUUUGUGAGGAUACAUCUUUGCUUACUUCAAAACUAUCACUGUCUUUGUCCUUUUUAGCCGAAGAAUGUAAUGGUUUCAACCUUGCGAGACAGAAAACAUACCCACUGCUAUAUCUCUAUUUUGAACAUAAUCCAAGGUGAAGUCGACCCCACCCAGGUGUGUUACAGUUCAUUCUCUAAUUGAAUCAAGAUUAUCUUGGAGCGUUACCUAGGGCAUCAGUAGUAGGAGUUUAGGGAAAACGAAAGCUAACUUGUGGAUGGUUGUAGCUUCAUUAAACAAUUAAUAAUAAUAAUAAUAAUAAUCAAUGGAAGAAGAAGAGGAGGAACCAGGGAUUUGCAACUUAACCACGAAAAACACCUUUACCUAUCAGCUGGAAAAUAUUUUAUUUCUAAAAAAGACAGGCGAGGUUAUCUUCUGAGGGUUUGCAAAUACGCCAAAUAUGGCGUAUUUUACGGCAAUGUUUUUAAGAUGACUCCACUGAGGUUACAAGGGAGUCACUUUGACUCGCAGACGGUUGCAACAUAGUUUUUUUUUCUUAUCUUUUUCAAUCAAUAUAAUGACAGAUACUUGAAGAGAACUUAAUAAGAUUAUCCAAAGCUGUCCAAGGUUGUUUUUUUGUGGAGAGUUUCUCGUCAGGAUAAAACUGAGUUGUUGCAUUAGUUGGUUUAAUGAAUUUGAGAAAAUGCAAGUGAGUGUGUGAGUCAUCUGGCUGAUAUUCUUGUAUUUUUGUGAUUUAGGUUCAUAAAAGUCUUCAGCGCAUCAGGGAGAGAAAACUUGCGGAGUUUAUUCCUUGGGGCCCGGCCAGUAUACAGGUUUGAACACAGCACUAAUCUAAUAGACCAAGUGCCUUUUACAGUACAAAGGGGUUAAAGCAGUACUUAAAAAAAACUUGAAUUCCAGCUUGUCCUUCGGGCAAUCACCCCGCACGUUUUUCUCGCCCGGGGCAACUACUUAGUUGUCUUAGCUAAUAUGGAGCUUAAACAACGACGACGGCGACAGCAACGAGAACGGCAAAAAAGCGAUAGCUUUUAUUGGCAAAACAACAACUUUGCACGUGCAUCAAGCUUUUUUGUACAUUUCUUCGCCGUCGUUGCACGACCACAACGUGAAAGUGCCUAAUUUCACGUUUUCUCGAGGACGGGAACACAAGACAACAACUUUCCUUUUCUUUUCCUGAACUUUGAUACAGUCCUUUAGAAUUCAACUCCAAAAAAAUUUGCCAACAUUUGACGAGUUAAAUGAGAUGGAAUAAGCGCGAUAAAGUUUGAGGCAGCGCGAAUUCAUUUGUUAAGUGACGUUUUGGUAGCCGUCGCCGUUGUUGUUGCUUAAGCUCCCAAAUGCUUCAGUUGGAGGACGACAUGUCUGGACCCAUUGGGCAAGUGAGCUUUAAAGCGUUUUUAGUUAAGUCACCCGAAAGUCAUGUCGCCCGAAGUUUUUAGUUAAGAUUUUAAUAAAGAGUGUGUGUAACAUAUCUCGUUCUUUAAGCCUUAGUGAAACGAAACAAGCAGGAUAAUUGAGUAGUAUAGUCUCGUUCUUUAAGCUAUGAUUCUAUGAUGAGACGAAGCAAGCAAGAUGAAUGUGCAACCGAUCUCGUUCUGUGUGCGGUGAUGAGAUGAAACAAGUGGGAUAAAUGAGUAAUAUAUCUUUUUCUUAAAGAUUUGAUGAAACGAAACAGGCGCGAUUAACAUGUUUGGAUGUUGUUGAGCAUGAUAAAAUUUCGGGCGACUUGACUAAAAGUUUCGGGCGACAUAACUUCGCGCGAGAUGACUUUCUGGCGACGUGACAGCGUAAACCGCACAGAAUUGAACUAAAACAGCAGUAUCCUUACAAAAUCGCCCCUUUUAACUGGCUUCCAGUUGAAACUUAUCAAGUAUACCCCACUAGAUUUCAUUACACUGAUUAUUUAAAUUUUGAAUGCAUUUUUAGUUGCUUACGAGUUGUGGUUUGAUUGUUGGUAAUGUUUGAUAAUAUUGUCACCCUCUGUAGGUUGCUCUGUCCAGAAAGUCGCCAUAUGUGCAAACAGCACAUAGAGUGAGUGGUCUGAUGUUAGCCAAUCACACCAGCAUAGCAACUGUAAGUUAGUAUAAUAAGUAUGUGGAGCAUGAUCAUCCGAGUGAACAUAGUCCUGAAUAGGACUGUUGUUGACAGUGACUGAUGAUUCGUCAACCUGUGCGGUAGUCAACUUCAGAGUCAAAGUGAGCUGUAUCACUUUGACCAAAAUGGCCUUAAACACUCUUAUUGACCUGUUUGGCCAGUUAAGUUGCUUUGUCCUAAGUAACCUGAGAUCAGGCCCAGAGAGAUCAAGCUUCUUCUUUCUUACGUGGUCGCUCUAAAAACGAAAAUAGAGCCUGAUCUCAAGUUUUGUCCUAAGCGACUGGACAGUUGACAAUUUGACUAACAAUAAACGACUGUCCAACUGUUACGAAAGACGGAUCCAAACGCACCAAUGUCAUUUAAGAGUUUUCAUAGCCAAUAACAUCACGGCUUAACUGACAGACGACCAAUAACCUCCCGAGGUUUUUUGUCGGACGUUUCGCCAACGUCCUGGCCCGGGUUGCUCGAAGCAUGGUUAGUGUUAACCAGCGUUAAAUACCAUGGAAACCUAUACAUUUUGAUACCUCUUAACCAACGGUUAGCACUAACCAGGCUUCGAGCAACCGGCCCCUGUUUGAUAACCUCUGAAGUCGUUUCGCGUAUGUGUUGGGUCAUUUCCGUAAUUGCUUUCGCGUGAUCAGUGGCUGAAAAAACGAUUUUUAUACAUGCGCAUCACACUUUUUUGUAUCAUGGCUCAGCGAACGAGGCAUACACAUGCGCAGCGCUUGUUUCGAUUCUAAGCGAAACGACAUAAGACGCUAGCGAACGGGACGUUAGCGAAACUCGUGGGCGAAACGACCAAUAACAUCGCGACAGUCCUUUUCAGGACUACGCUCACUUGAAAGAUCAUGUCCCCCCUGCUUAAGAAAUGACUGUUGGGUUCAAAGCUUUUAUAGUUUUGUAGUAUAAUGGCACCAAUUUCUUUAAUUGACUAUGUGAGGAAAAGAAAUUCAGUUUGUGUCGUUAGCGUUCUCGAGAACGUUUUUCGCAGGUUGUUAAAAGGGGCAGCGGCACUCUGAAGAGAAUGGAAAAUCUUAAAGAUGUGUUUUCAAACAACAAACAUAUUGUCUAGGCCCGGUUCAGACGCCGAACUUUUCACGAGCCGAACCAAAUACAUUGAAUUAAGAAUCAAUCAGGAACGGCUAUCUCAAUUUGGAUCGGCUAAGCCUUUUUUCCCGCCUAACCCGGAAGGGAAUUUCGACUUUGGAACGGCUUUGAUUCGGUCAAUCGUUGAAACUUUCACGUCCCGAACCAAAUGCAUAGGUUAUUGUAAGUAGUUUGACCGAAAUGAAUGUUUUUUCUCCUUUUGAAUUUAGUUGGGCUGGAAUUAAGAUCGCCGUCUGAAUCAGUUCAGCCGGUCUAAAUAAUUAGGGUCGGCCUUAAUUCGAAUAAGGUUCGGCUUACGAAAAGUUCGGCGUCUGAACCUGGCCUAAAAUGUUCCUGUUUUGUACAAAAAUCACUCCACUACACAAUGAAACUUUUUUAUUGUUACCUUUCUCCAUGUACAAAGACAAUGAAAACUGGGGAUUGCGACUUGCAAGUUCUCACGUCUUAAAAAAAUGCUAAAAAUAAUGCUGUGCUUUCCUUACGAGUGGCUUGACGUGCCCCUUGAAAUUCGAAAUUUUUUGGAAACCGCGAAAGUUAUUCACGACUUUGUUAACAUUUUUAAGUAUUCAUUGAUGUAUAGUAACUUUUUUGAAGAACAGUAGUUCUGUACACAUUUGACGAUAGCCUUUGGACAGCCACUCCCUUGCCUUUAACAAACUUGUUUGAGCAGGAAGGUGCGGCUAAUUAACGCAGACAGGCUAUUAGACGGCUGUACGAUUAUAAAUCACUGAUUUUUUUUUCCCAACAGGUUUUUGAAAAGAGUUGCCGAUUAUUUGAUAAACUGCGUAAAAGAGAAGCUUUCCUGGACAAUUAUAAAAAGGAGGAGAUGUUCAAGGAAAACCUGGAUGAAUUUGAUGCGUCCAGGUGAGUUAUUUGUCAUAGUUUUGUUCUGUACCCAUCCAAAGAUGACGGGAACCUUUACUGAAACGUAGGAUUACUUCCAGGGUGUUAAAACACGGUUUGCGCACGAAAUUUCAAAGCAUUGUAGUCAGGAUUGGUAGAAUUGAUUUCCAAGGUUUACAACUCUGGUAAACUCAACUUUACCCGAAGAUUACAUGAGAUUCGGUGGAUUCAUUCUCUGCGUCAACAGGGAGCGAGGACGGCGACGGCAGUGACAACGACGCUGAAAAAAUUCAUUCAAAUUCCUUUAAUCUUCUUUGCGAUUACUUCAACUGACUUUAUUUUGUAGGCGAAUCCUCCUGAAGUUGAAUUCCUAAGAACUAUAUCCAAGUUCAGAAAGAGAAAGAAAAUAUUUAUGCCCUCUAUAAAACAAGAAAUUAGGCAUUUUCACGUCGUAGUCGUGCAGUGACGGCAAAGAAAUGUACAAAAAAGCGUGAUGCACGUGCAACAUUUGUUGUUUUGCUAAUCUAAGGCCACGUUCAAAUGGCACCGGUCAAAAUUCGACGGCUGAAAAAAAUUGGACACUUUGUUCACACGCGACUGCUAAACAUUUUCGCUCUGUUCACACGGAUUAUUUAUCAGUAAUUAUAUAUCUUCCGUAGGUUACUUGCAAACCCUGAAAUUACCUCGUCGCGUACUUGCACGGCGCAUCCUUAGUCCGAAUUUUUUUCUUUAAAUCACAUCAGUGGUAUAGUAAUCACUUAGAACGACCAGGCCUUAGUUUAUGUACCAAAUUAAAAUCUUAAUUCAAGUAGUAAUACUUUCACUUUAAUGCAUUUUUUGUUUCGUAAAAUUUAACUUUGUGUACUCGUAAGAUUAUAGAAAGGCUUUAAGGUUGGAUCUUUUUACAGAGAGGUUGUCCAGCAGUUAAUAGAGGAAUACCAAGCGGCGACAAAGGCUAAUUAUAUCAUGUGGGGAACUCAACAACAGGUGAGAGAAUCUCCUUCUCACUUACUUCAUAACAGUCCUUUUUUCCUCCAAGAAAAUAUCUGUUAGCUGAAGUUGUAUCCUUUCCCGCCGUUAUUACCCAUUUUGUUGUAUUAUGCUGAAAUUUUGUGUCCGAUCACUAAUUUAGAGAACAGAUGAAAAAUUUUGUUGUCCUACCGUUUAAAUACUAAAAUACGUUCAACAAGAGUUUUCUUGUCCAAAAAGUUUUGCUCAAAACUAAUUUAGAGUGAGAGAAAACUCAAAAAGCUCAAAAUUCAAAAAGGGCAUUUAACGUUUUUAAUCACAUUAUUAGCCUUGUAAAUUUUUCUUGACUUAAACCUAAAUAUAAUAUCAGUAACGUCUUAACAGGCCUGAUUACUAAGACUAGGUUCCUGAGCCAAACGGAGCACGUAAAAACAAGUGAAAUGGCAGCAGAAUCGCGAAGUUAAGGGAAUUUCUUUAACCUUAUUUCGUCCAGCAUGAGGUUUGCUUUUAUGAUUAGUAAGAUAAAUUUUAAUUCUACUGUAAUUUGAAGUCGAUUUUCAACUGUUCCUGUAUUUUUUUGUAUUAAAAAUGUGCUUGUCCCACGGACAAGUCAUGUCAAAGGUUUACAUGUCCGAACUAAAUUUCUACCUGUCCCGGACAAUCGGACAUAGGUUUUGGCACACCCUGACCAUACCGGACAGGGUUUGCGCCGGCAUGAAAACCAUAUCGGAUAGAGCUUUUAUUCACAGUCACACAUAAGUGCGGCGAUUUCGAAGCGUUUUCUGUUACGCCAAUCCCCCGGGAUGGGGGUACUUCCUUAUAGGAGGCUAAUGGGGGUGUGCCGCUGGAUGGGGUCGCAUUUUCAACAGAGUUACUAGAAUGCGGGCGCACAUUUUCGGAUAUUUUUUAGUAAGACAGUUCUUCAUAUUUACGAUUAGCAAACGUACCAGAAUGUUUGUACUGCAGAAGAAAAGUUCUUCUAAAAAAUGGGUCAAUUCAUAAAAAUAGAAAGUGACUAAGUUGGGGAUCACGCAAACCACAUAUUUGCCCAAAAGUGACUAAGAUGGGGUCUGCAAUUGGCCACAGAAUAGACUAUAAUGGGGUAGGACUCUAAGCGGCCCCGGGCGCCGAUCUUGAAAGUGGAUCUCCAACUAUCGGAUCUUUUGUUCCUGUGCUAUCAAUUCAAUGUGAACAACUGUUCAUAUCGGGCCGGGUAUUGUUCAAGUCGACAUGAGAGGCUCAGUAUCCCAGUAUCUCAGUAUAGUGUAGACAAAUCAGUCUUAAGUAUGAGAGACGUCGAAGUUUCCGUUUAUGGACUUAGCUAGCCUGCGAACAAGCUCUUCAUUUGGUGGCCUGUUCCAGACAGUAGGGCGCCGCGUUCAGAUGGUGAGGAGCGAAUUACUCGUACGCGGGGAAUACGAGGGGAAAAAAGAGAGGAGACUGAAGCUUUUCCCUCUCUAGUCUCACCUUUUUCUUUUCCUCGUCAAUUUUUCGCCCGCGCUCUACUAUCUGAUCGCAUGGAACAGGCUAUUCAUUGAAAGAAUAUUGUGAGCAGUCAUGCGUGAGUGGCACGUGCGAGAACGAGGGGCGGGAAAGAAAGGAGAGCUCUCUGUUUCCUCUGCUGCUCGCUCUCGUGUUCUAUCGCGGCCAGCUCGUUUUGCUCGCCACUCAAAAUAGAGAGCUUUAGCUUUCUGUAUAGCCGCAAACACCAUGUUUUACAUUGAAUCGACAACUGAUACUAUAGAGAGCUUGAGCCUAUCAUCGUAAAGGACUGCUUUUCUGCCCAGUUAAAUUCUUUAUUUUAACAGUUGACGGGCACCAAUACUAAACGUCUCAACAAAACUCUUGCUUUCUUUCGGUUCACAGGGAGCUUCUGGUUCAGAUGCGUCCAAGGUUUAAAGAACAAGCUCAGAAGUAAACGUCAGUUCCACCGCUAUCUUGUUGGAAUACAUAAGGGUUUAGUCUGUGUCCCUGUUCGACUCAAGGGAGAGGCAUGCAAAGGAUUUAAUUGCCAGAAGAAAAACGUCAUUAGUUCGAAAUAACAACUAAAAUUUAGGAACAGAUACAGCUGCGUCAAUAGCGCAUUGCAGAGUAUCACCUCAGAGACUAUACAUGACCUAAUCUCCUACCGAGAUCUCUUGUUGACGAAGCUUCGUCAACAAGAGAUCUGGUACGUAUCACUGUCAACUGUGGAUGAAAUCCCAACCGUCAACCAUUCAAUAAAAGCUACUGAGCAUUACUUUCAUGUGGUGAUGCUUAUUAUUAUGUACAAUGAUGUACAAGGUGGGUCUAACUUUUGAGUCUGUGGAUGAAAUUCUUUAGGCAGUGUGACUAUUCUAAAGGAAGCCUCUCAGUUUUAUUUUUCUAUGGUAUUGUUUAUCAUGCUGUAUACACAAGAUGGUUCUAACUUUUGAGUCGAUGGACAAAAUCCUCAAGUGUGACCAUUCAAAUGUAGCAAAUGCAGUACUUUUCUGUGGUGCUGUUUAUUAUGCUGUAAAAAGUGUUUCUAACUUUUCAGACCAUGAGUGAAAUUUAAGCGAGUGGGCACGAUAAAGCAAAUCCUGUAUUCUAUCUAAUUCGCUACCCGUGCAGACAUGAUAGGCAAGUCUAAUUGCCCGCGCGGAAUUCCCCGUUUCGUUCCCGCAAAAAAGGUUCAAUCCUUUGGGGAUAUAAUAAAUUGCGCAUCUGUAGUAUUGUGCUAGCUUUACACGGCGGUUUCAACUUUAAAUUGGAAGUUGAAUUCACUCGCUUUUCGAUACUCAGCGCUAGAACUCAGUGUCAAUAAAAACUUUUUGUAUAUAAACGAGGGACAUGUUAUGCCAGAUUGAGUAAUAAAUAAACACC